AAAAUAUCAAUCAGUCAGUCAGUCAGUUGGAAGCAUCACUAUGAAACAGUCGCAUUUUCUUUCUAUUCUCAUAACAUUUCAUUUUCAUACGGAAGCUUCCAUGCAAUUUUUAUCUGUUUUCUCUCAAAAAUCUCACAGACGAAAUUAUUGAAUUUUUGUUUUCGGUGAGGAGAAGGAAUUGGGAAGUGAAAAAAAAACAAUGAAUCGAAGGAUGGAGAAUAAAAUCAAUGUGCAUUAAAUUAAAAUAUGUGUAAUGUUUGAACAGAUGAUAGAAUAAAUUUUUAUGUGAUUGGUCAGUCAAACAGUCUUUUGUGCAACAUGAGGAGGAAACUGAAAGUUGAUAGUAUUUUUUACUCUAAAAUGCUGAGGCUGUUUACUGUGUAUUUAGUAAUUUUCAUAAUGAGAUGCAUUGGCUCCCCGGUCCAUAAAUGUUAUGUGUGCGGUCCCGAAUCGGAACAACCGUUUAUUGAUGAGAAAUUUUUGAAUGCAUCGGAGAAGAUACAAAAGACUUGCGAGGGUUUCGACCAAUUAUUAGACCAUGCGAAAGAAGCAUAUGCAAUUGAAUGUCCGAAAGGCUAUCCAGGAUGCAUGACGAAAAUUGGAUUUGAAGUAACAAGAACAUGUUCUGAAAUAUCUCUAAAUGACUGUCGAGUAGUCAAUGGAGAGAAUGUUUGUAUUUGUAAUCAGGGGAUGUGUAAUGGAGAAAAAGCCAAAAAUACUGAUAAUUUACACACCUUUACUGAGGAUGAUACAGAAGACGAUUCUGACGAAAAUAAUCAAGAAUCUGGAGAUGGCGAUAGUUUUGAACAAAGUUAUUUCCCAACAACACAAAUUAUCGAUGCAACCACUUCAAUUGUUCAUACUGCAUAUGAUGAUGAGAAUGACAACGAUGAGACAACUCAGAAACUUAAUGAAUUUGUUAAAGUAUCAGUGUCAACGAUGCAGCCCUCAAUUAAUAUUGCUGUCAAUUUUAAUUUAAGUCAGCUAGUUUUCAUAUAUUGUGCCAUAACUUUUGCAGUAUCUUAUCUAAACUCGUCGUUCGUCGAUUAUGUAAAUUAAGGAUACAUAUUUUUUAAUUGUACGUACAUUCCAAGACUGAUUUUGUAUUAUGAGAUAAGAGUUUUAUUAUUAUUAUUGCCCAUCCGCGUAACUUUAUGUCAGAUGAUGAAGAAAAUAACAAAUGAUGUUGACUGAGAUGCGACAUUUACACUACCUUUCCUUUAUGUCACGAAAAAAUAGUGCUUUAAAAUUUUAUUAAGGUCCUAAAAGGAUGUCCAGUACGUCUUUGAAAGACACUGUAAGUGACUUUAAUGAAAUGAUGUCCUGUGUCAUGAAGAUUUUAUGAAAGAUAGUGUUUAUUAAAAAUCA